AUGGCCGAGAUCAAGAAGCAGAUCAACAUCCCCCUCAUCGCCGACAUUCACUUCCACUAUCAACUCGCCAUCGAGUGUGCCAUGGGCGGCGUGGACUGCCUGCGCCUGAACCCCGGCAACCUGCGCAACGAGGACCAGGUCAGGGAAGUCGUGAAGGUCGCCAAGGAGCGGGACAUUCCCAUCCGCAUCGGCGUGAACUUCGGCAGUUUGCCCCCGGUGGGCGGCAUUGGCCGUACCCGGGGUUUCUCCCGCCAUAUGGACCUGGUCAACCGUUUGCCCAAGGCCGGCGAGGCCCAGGCUGGCGAGUACAGCAUCGUGGACCACAUGGUCGCGACCGCCCUGUGGGAAAUCAGCCUGCUGGAGAAGCAGGACUUCGACCAGAUCAAGAUUUCCCUCAAAGCCUUUGACGUGCCCACCACCGUGGAGGCCUACCGGCAACUGGCCGACAUGGUCCCCUACCCCUUCCACUUGGGCAUCACCGAGGCGGGGACGGCCCAGUCCGGCUCCAUCCGCACCUCCGUGGGCCUGGGCUACCUGCUCUACGAGGGCAUCGGCGACACUAUUCGGGUGUCCCUCAGCGAUGAUUCAAAGGAAGAGGUGGUCGUCGGCUACGAGAUUCUCAAGUCCCUGAACCUGCGCACCAAGGGCACCAUCCUGGUGGCCUGCCCCAGUUGCGGGCGGGCCGACGUGGACGUGCGCAAGCUGGCCAACGACGUGGAUGCGCUGCUGAAGAAGACUGACAAGAACAUCAAGGUUGCGGUGAUGGGCUGCGAGGUAAACGGCCCCGGCGAGGCCAAGGACGCCGAUGUAGGCAUCGCCGCCGGCGCGGGCCGGGCGGUAAUCUUCCGCAAAGGCCAGAAGGUGCGGGUGGUACCCGAAGAGGAAAUGCUGACGGCGCUGAUGGAAGAAGUGGAAAACACCCCGGCGCCGGUGGGCGACUAA